CUUGAAGCAGUGCGUCCUGGCACCAUCUGUCUGCAGGAUCGUUGUUAUCAAAUCAAGCUCUACCUCAUAGACUUCUACAGCCCACAGCUGCCAUUAUGCGCUACCGCACUCCAAAAAUCCUCAAUGGAGGGAAAUAUGAUGAGCUGGGCGUCCAUCCUGGCACGUUGACUACAGAUCUUAGUGCGUGGCAUGGUAGCCGGACGUACAUCCGGGCGUUGGUACAAAGAAACCAAGGGAAGGUGGUAUUGGGCCACGAUUCUGAGUAUUUUCACGCCUUGAAGGCCAGUCCGGAGUAUACGCAAUAGCGAUGUUAUCUAGAUUAGGCAACAAGGAGUCACGAGGGUGUUCAUACUGGGCCUCUGUGUUGACCAUUGCAUUGCUCAACCUCGUACCCUGGUUUCUCAGUGACCCGGUUGCGAGAACAUAACCUCUCAGCGAAGCUCGAAUGCCUUAAAAAUUGGCGCCACGAUCCACACUCCAC